AUGUUUAGAAAUCAAUAUGAUGGAGAUGCGACUACAUGGAGCCCUCAAGGAAGACUUCAUCAGGUUGAAUAUGCUCUCGAAGCAAUAAAGCAAGGAUCAGCAACUGUGGGAAUCGUUUCCAAUACACAUGCUGUUCUGGUUGCUUUAAAGAGAAAUGCUGAAGAACUUAGCAGCUACCAAAAGAAAUUGAUUCGCAUUGAUGAUCACUUAGGCAUUGCUAUCGCUGGUUUAGCUCCAGAUGCACGUGUAUUGAGCAAUUACAUGAAACAGGAAGCAAUGUCCUCAAAAACUCUCUUCAGCCGCCCUAUUCCAGUCCGUCGUUUAUUGAACCGUGUUGCUGAAAAAGCUCAGUUAAACACUCAACAAUAUGGUAACAGACCUUACGGUGUAGGCUUUUUAGUUAUAGGAUAUGAUGAAUCUGGCCCUCAUUUGCUGGAAUUCCAACCUUCUGGCUUGGUAUUGGAAUAUUUGGGUACCGGCUUGGGCUCACGCUCUCAAUCCGCUCGUACCUAUUUGGAGCGUAACCUAAGUACCUUUGCUACUGCAUCUAGAGAAGAGCUUAUUCUAUCUGCAUUAAGAGCACUUCGCGAUACACUUACCAAAGAACAAGAGUUGACGGAAGACAAUGUUUCCAUUUCCGUUGUAGGAAAAGGUGAAAAGUAUACGCUCUAUGACCAAGCAAAUACCAAGGAAUGGCUUGAAAAAUUGGGUGAGCGAAGUACAGCAGCUGCUCGUGCCACUAGAACAGCUGAAGAACCGUCUGCUCCCACUACGGAAGCCAUCCUGGACUCUGCUGAUGCUAUGGAAACCGAGUAA